AUGGAAUGGGAAUUUGUACCAGUUCCAAUAGAUUUGAAAGCCCAUGUCAUCGGUAGGCGUCAUAGUGUGAUAAAUGAAAUGAUGGCGAUAUCUGGAGCCACCAUUGAACCUGGGAGUAGACACCAUGCAGGGUUUAUAGUCAGUGGACGCCCGCAGGAAAUAGAAAUGGCAAAGCAGUUUAUUUCAGAAAAAUUGGUUAGUUUCAAAUUUGGUAAUUUUAAGAUUAACGUUAUAUUAUAUUGCGGGAGAUGACGAACUUUCAGGGUUUUAAAGGAUACUAACCAAAGCAAAGCAAGUCUUAACACCCUCAUGUUCACCCUCAGUGUUCGGAGAGAGACGUGCUCCCAUCAAGUAUUAAAAAGCAAAUGAUGCCAACAAUAGAAUUGCUUACUCAAAACUCUUUGAUGUAUAGCAUAGGGACUGAAUUGACCAUCGGCUCCUUUUAAUAGGAGGAGUUGGAAAAUAAAUGGGAAGAACUGGUAGAAAUUCCAGACAGAUACAAAGGCAGAGUGAUUGGAAAACAUAGAGCUACUUUACGCGAGAUAGAGAACCAAACGGGGGUAAAACUUUUCGUGAAGGAUGGAGAAGUAUAUAUAGUCCGUGGAACACAACAGCAACGGCGACAUGCGAAAAGGAACAUUGGAACAAUUGUGGUAUGUUUAAAUUUACAAAUUGACCACUAAAAUUCAGAUUUAGCUGGCAUAAGAUUUGAACAGAACGAAAGCGUUGCACUAUUGAUUUUUCUCAGAUUAGGUACAGCAUAUUUGUGAAGAUAACACGAAUAUAAGUUGUGUAGAUACCGAUGAUACAUUUUUUGAUAGUAACUACCCACACUCAGCCGACAGGAAGACUGGAGAUUGCGCAGAUGCAGUCUGGCUUUCUUGAUAGAUAAUCAACACGUUACUAUUAACGAGAUAUCUUACAAACUCGUCCGUGGUAUCAUUGAUAUUUGAUAAGUUUAGUCGACCUACCCCAUCGCCAUCCAUCUGAAAAUUAUAGCUUACUAACUUAGUAGAGUCUCUAAUAGCCCCUGAAUGCAAUUCAUCGAGAUUUGUUCGUUUUGAAUGCCCCAGAACCACUGCGACCUGACUUCUAGAUUUGUGUGGCUUAAACCAUUAAUUGGUGAUGUGUUGUGUACGAUAAAACCAUCUUUCUUUUGAUUACGUUGCCUUUAAAACUUCCAGGCUGUAGCAAGACUGACGGAUUUUGAAAAAGAAUUUUACAAAGUUUGUUCUUACGUCGAUGGUUGUCAUCUUCCUGAGAACUGUAAACUUAAGCUUGAAGAGAUGCAAGUAGAGGAUCGCAUGCCGUUACCAGGACUUCAAACGCAAUAUCGACUCGAACCAGCUGAACACUGCGAAAGAGAGGUAUUCUCCUUGGUUUCAUUUUGCUAUGGUAAUAUACACGAGUCAACGGGUCAACACAUUCUUCUUCAUUAUUGGUGAUGAACAAGAGUUUUGAAUGCAUUGUGUUGCGUCGUGAUAAUGCGUUUAAAAAUAGUCUCAAAGACAGCGCUGUCAAAGACAUCGGCCUGCGACAAAUCCUUCAAAUUUAGCUAGGUUUCAAGUUGCAUUUCCACAGUGAUGGGCCUUGUUUGUCAAAUUGUAUUAUUAAAAAAGAAAUGAACACAUUUGACAACUGAUACAUUUUUAUAAUUUUAAGCUUGGUUGAAUUCCACUUCAGAAUAUAUGAGCUCGUACACACCGUGAUCAAGCAUUCUUUGACGACCUUUCUGUGGUUUGAGUACUUACGGGUGACCCAAACGUUUUAUUUCUCCGUCGCUUUUGACAAAAUUUGAACAUCUCUCCACAUAUUUUUCAUGUUUCAUUAGAAGCCCAUCUGCUUUUAGUCGUCGCUACAUUUUUGACUAGAGAACUAGAAUUCUUAUGGCUGCAAUCUUAAUACAAUACUUAUAUGAGUAUCUGGACAGAAUUCGUACCAUCACCGAAAUGACCCCGUGUACCAAUCCAAUCUUAAAGACGAAGUUUUGAUGUCCUUACGCAAGAUUAAAGAGAACAGAGAGACAGAUGAGAGUCCGAAGGCCGAUAUGUGGUGUCAUUUGGGAACUUCUAUUAUUAGAGUACCUGAUGAGGGUAAUAUUCAUUAUGGUUUGAAUAUUUUGCAUUGAUGAAUAAUAAUUGAAUUAAGUGUCCUACUAGUUGAAAAUUUUCAUGCUCCUUUCAAAUUCUUUUUCUCGUGGAUCUUACUUCGCUGUUUCUCUUUUGUCCUCCCCAAGGUGUUUCAUCGCGUCUUUUUCCUUCUUGUACUUAGCUUCGCAUAAAAAAAAUUGUUCUAAGUCAUAAUUCACCUUGCUCGCCAACCUGACGUACCUCUUAGAGAGGUACAAUCUUAGCAAUAUUUCAGCAUAUUUAUAAUCUGUAUGUCCAUUCUCGUUUGUUUCUUUUUGUCUUCAGAGGAUGUUGUCCAAAAAACGUGGGACAUCGAAGAGAUAACAGAACGUUUUCAAAGGCCUGAUACUGGAGAAAAAAUGUUUUGGAAAGUUUCUUUUAGAGAGCGAGAUGAUAUUCCUGAGGACAUCUUUAAAAGAACUGGACUCAAAGAGAUAACUGAAGAUAAUGAAUACAUUUCCAGAUAUGACCUAACAUAUUUGACGCCUUGUUUUUAUCAACUUAGAUGUAAGGUGAGAGUGAACAAUUUGUUCCUCUUUACGUGUUAUAACCGACGAGUGCGUUACGCUCAUCUGUUUCUUUUUCACUUUGAAUAUUGUUUGCGUUUAAUUACUUUUAUUCCCCUCCGUGGUACAUGGGUAUAUCAAAAAAGAAAUUCCCCUUUGAUGAGGUUUCGCUCCGUUUUGUCGACGUACAUAAACUCUUCCAAAGUGCGUCGUUUGCCAAAAAGUGAACUCAUAACGUUAUGACAACUAGCCAGGCAGUGGCUCAUGCUUCACGUGCUGUGUUUUUCUUUUCUUAUUAAACAGGUGUGGGUGGCAAAGAGUAGCGUAAAGAAAAAGCUGGACGAUAUACCAAUCCCUUUUAGUGACGUAAAGAAUGUAUUGGAAGAGAUUCAAUUUGAAGAUGAAACGACACAAUCACGCUGUCGUGGAUGGCUGGUUCUUAAAUCUCGAAAAUAUCUACAGACCGACAUUCUUUUCCCUGGCUGCGAGCUAGACUGCAGGUUCACCAUGCGUGAGCGAAGAGGCAAGAAUAACAAUUUUUGUUUGGUCUUUGUCUUUAUGAAACGCGCUUCUCCUCGUGUCAUUUUUCACUCUUCACUUAUUCCCCCCCUUCUUCUCUCCUCUCCUCUCUCACCCAUCCCCUACUAAAUUUUCAGUAAAACAUCAUUUCUGUUGCUUAAUUUCUCUUAAAGAAGAAAGAUCAACAACGUCAUCUUUAUACUUUCCGUUCAAUCAGCUUUUGCAAAUUCCCCUUAUGGUUGGAAAGUAAAGUCUCCGCCUAUCCUGGCUGGAGGGUCCAUUUACCCCUAUGGAUACCCAAGUCCAAGUAAGAGCUUUGCUAAAUCAUAAAGUGCUUGCAGCACAGUUUAUGGGAUUUAAACAUGCAUCGGUUCAAUAUAAGUAUUUCACUAAACUAGGUCAAGUUUAUUGAUUCCAGUUAACACUUUUAUAUAAAAUUUGUCUUGCUUCAGAUCGUACUGCUAUCAGAGGAGACGUACCCGAAAUCGAAGUGAGACGUGCUUUGUCUACAUACCUUUCUCGAUUAACUUUGACGGAUAAGGAUGCCUUCGGAUUACUUCUUCCAGAUCACGAUUUCCCCGAAGGAUUCCACUUACUCCAUAAGCGAUGUUGCAAGCGAAAAAUGUACAGCACGCGUGCUGGAUUCUUUGCCAUACUUUCUCAAGAGGAUUCAUGGUCCAUCGACUCAUUAGGGAAUGAAACAAGCAGAGAAUCGGUAAUAAUGAAUGUUUAACGGUUGUAAAUCGCAUAGUUGUAUAAAAAAUGAUCGGUAUGUUGAGCAAAGCAACUCAAUAUCCAGUAUUUCUAAUUCUCUCUUUUUCUUGUGGAAAUGAGCAGACUGACCUCCACUUACAUAGCGAAGAGUGCGACAAACUUCUAAGUGGCACAGAUUGGCAACCAGAAAUCAUAGUUCAGAAACUACCAGAAUUUAUUCAGUUUGUAAAGGAAAUUCAAGACUUUGUUGUACGGGAGAUGAAAGGAAAUGGAUCCACAAGAACAGGUGAGGAAACACAUCCUUUGUGUACUUUGUUGUUAUCCCUACCGCAUUUUCUUAUGCCAACGUCAGAUAAAUUUAACCAAUUUAUUAGAAGUUAAGAGGUAUUGAUGAAGAACACUUUAAAAUGGGUAUGUUUUCUAUACAUAUUGCCAAUUCAAGUAACAGAACGCUUAUACAUGCCUCUUUACAAAGUCGUCAAAUUUUAAUUUCUUCCCCAUUACCUAAUCGAUUUAAUGUAUUAGUAGAUACACCCUGUUUGCGUUAAAAAUAAAAUCGAUUGGUUGGUUGAUUAUUUGAUUCUGUUUUUUAACGUGUUACCUGUUUCUUGUUUGUUUGAUUCACUUUUAACUCGAUUUUGAUUGUUGAGAUUUAUUGAUAUGCGUUUCUCGAUUGUCGGACGGUACAGUUCCUCCAGAGAUUCGUGCUCGUGGUCCUCAAGCUUUAGAAGCCUACAACAAUGCACUGGCCGAAGGUCAAACCUGUGUGAAGAGAGUACCGUUGAUGUUAGUUGGACAAGAUCGGUCAGGAAAGACUAGCGUGAAGAAGUCCUUGAAAGGAAUUUGUUUCAACCCGGAUGAGGAUAGCACCGUGGGCAUCGAUGUCGAUACCUAUGAAUUUAAAGUAACCACUGAAAUAGGGAUGACAGGAGAAAAGGACCGAGGCGGAAAAGUUGACGAGGCAUCAAUCUCUUUUGAGCAUAAUGCAGCUCGGUGGAUUGUAGAUAAAUUAAUGGCGAAAGAAAACGUUUCUGAAGUUACAGGAACAGGUAGUAUCAUUUCAGAACAUUAUGACUUUGAAAAAAUUAACACCUUAGAGGGAGGAUACCUCAGUGAGAUUACAAGUUACAGGGACCCUUCAGAGUUACGUACAAAUCCAGCAUACACUCAUCCUUCGCACGGUGAAACCUCUUUGCCAACGAGAGAAGAACGUAAUCUACCUCCAACAAAGUACGAAGAGGAUGUAUUUAACAGAACGUUAGGAAAAGUGCCGGAAUUUGAAGACAUUGCCGAGUUAAUUCAACAGAUCCUUCAAGAUGAUUUGGAAGACGAUAGCCAGGAUAUUUACUCAAUUACGUGGGACUUUGCUGGACAGUCUGUAUAUUACGUGACACACCCACUCUUUCUCACAAGAAGAGCAAUCUACUUUUUGGUGUAUGACUUAAGUAGGAAUCCAAGCGACCAAGCCAUACCCCUGGUGAAGCAAGGAGUUUAUAGAGAAAUUAAAGAUAAAUAUAAUCUGAAAACGAAUUUGGAUUACUUAGAGUUUUGGAUGAGUUCUUUGGCCUCCUUAGUGGAACAGAGUAAUCGCCCACAUUUGAACCCCGACAAGGAGGUGCUUCCAAAGAAUCUUCCAGUUGUUUUCCUGGUGUGCACUCAUGCUGACAUACCAUAUCGUAACCGCAAUCCUUUUGCGCUUGCCAAAGAAAUUUUUGGCGAUUUGAAAACCAAGCCAUAUGGUGGCCAGUUGUUUGACGUGUUUUGUGUUGAUAACACCAAGUCAGGCUCUGAAUCCGAAUGUCAAGAGAUCAUGCGAUUGCGGGAGAAGGUACAUGAAGUUGCUAAGGAGCUACCACAUGUAAAUGAGGCUAUUCCGAUCAAGUGGUUGAAAUACGAAAAUGCCCUUCGUGUGAUCAAGGAAAAUGGUCAAAAAUUCAUAUCCCUCGCAACCGCGAAAAAGAUUGCUUCCGACGUGUGCAACAUAAACAAAAACAAUGAGAUAUUAACACUGUUAAACUUUUUGCACGAUCUGCGAGUUUUGAUCCACUUUGAUGACACUCCGGAAUUGAGUGAUUUAGUUAUUUUGGAUACCCAAUGGUUGAUUGACGUAUUCAAGAGUGUAAUAACUGUCAGGCCCUAUAACUCGAAAGAGAAAAACUUUGCUGAUCUUUGGUUGAAACUGGAAAAAGAGGGAAUCCUGGAAGAAAAGCUCCUCAAACAUGUUUGGAAUUCUUUGAUUCCUCAGACAGAAACCCACGAAAGCCUUAUUGCAAUUAUGGAGAAAUUCAGCUUGUUAUGCCCUUGGCCAUCGUCUCAAGACUCGUAUAACAAACAUUAUCUGGUGCCAUCUAUGAUGCAGACGCAUCCGCCAAGAAUGAUUAGUGAUCUCGUUGAAUCUGCACAACUUCCCUCUCUUUUUCUUAAAUUUGAUGCUGGUCAGGUCCCUCCAGGUUUAUUUCCCCGAUUUGUGCUGGAAUUCUUUCUUUGGUGUAGAAAAGAAUUUCCUCCCUUAGCACCACCCCAAUUUUAUAACAAUUUUGCUAGAUUUUUCAUCUUCCCAAACCAAGGCCUCUCGAUUGUUCUCCUUUGCCUCUCCUCUGCAAUUGAGGUUAUUGUCCUCAAUGCAAAUAGUGAAAUUAAUGCGGUUGAUGUGGCCUCAAUUAAAGCUUUUCGUAGCCAGCUAACUUUGUUGAUAGAUCGCGUUAGGAACAAGUUCUUCUGGGUGAAGAAUGUUGUAUGUAAGGUAUGUUUCCUAUGUCCGAUUUGUUCUCAUGGACGCGUGGUCAGCUUCUGCACACAACAUUAUGAAGAAAAUUGUAAGCAAGAGGAAUGCCUCCACUUCAUUUUAGAGUCAGAUUUAGGAAAUGAAACGGCACAGGUUUUUUGCACAAAAUCUGCAACCGCUCGGGAUAACCGAAUCCAGGCUGAGGAUUUUGCUCCCUGGACUUCUCCCAGUGAGGAAAAGGUCAGAAAGAUGGUUUCGUUAUCUUUUACAUUAAUAGCCAGAUUUAUCUUACAGGCAUGUGAGGGUAAUUACAUUUUUAAUUUUAAUCGUAAUUCAAAACUUAACAUGCGUACGUUUUCCAGCCUAAAGAAAGAAGUUGUUAUAAUGUAUAAUAACUCUCAAGUUUGGACGGCAAAACUUCGAAACAAACAAGUGACCCCUCGAGAAAGUCAAUCAAGUUUCUUAAUAGCUGGUUCUUAGAAAAUCAGUUGGUUUUGUGUCCCAUGAGAUACAAGACUAACUAAAUGUCUUGAGCUAUUCCUCGCUUAGAUUUAUUCAUGCUGAUUACGCGCAAUUCCUUUAAAAUACCCUUGGUUAUUAUUAACGACUCACCCUACUCACCAACAGGUGGUGACUUGUCAACGUAAAGAGACACUUCAAGCCAUCUUGAAAGGUAACCGUUUUCAUAUCUUAAUUACCUUCGAUGAUCAAUCUGUCUCAAUUAUCAGUGGUAUUACUUUCUGCGCUCCCUUGUGUUGUUCUGUAUCUCCAGGCUUCACUAAAUCAUUCAUAUAAUACUUUGCAUUUAUCGUUAUGUAAUUUGUAUCGUAGAUGAAGACGAGGAGACGUCAACCGAGUUACUUUACGAAGCUGUAACAUCUCUUCAGCUACAACCACUUGUAAGCGGUGAGGAGGAAAAGGUGUUAGGCUCUUCUUCAUCAGGCUAGUUUCCAAUUUUUUUGUUUCUUUUAGAUUAGAUUACUUUAUCUAAUAAUCUUUGGUUCCUUGAUAAGCCCGGUUACUCACAAUGUUCCCGAAUGCAGCUUUCCACUAACCCAACAGAGAGCUCUCAAGUGUUCAGAGUACUUACAUUGUGACUUGUGACCCUUUCCAGGAUACUGGCAAGUAAAGCCCCUCUUGGGUGAUCAAGUACAGUCCCUCGAGCUCGUGGGUGAUCAUUUCCAGCUAGGACUCAACAAAUUACUACAUGCUGUGAACAUAAGCAAAGGUACGUUUCAUUAUUUUUUAGGGGGAAAUGGGGGUAAGUUUCUAAAGAAACUGUGUUGCUGCAUCGGUGGGAGAGUAUUACAGGGUAAUAAUGUAUUAUCAACUCAGUUGAUAACGUAAAUUGGCCACCGUAAAGAGUUUUAAAGCUUACGUUUCUAGCGUUAGCCCUUCGUCAGCGCGAGACUCUUUUAAGUUUUUAAGAAUGAUAGAUUUAACUGCAUGGUUGUGAGUGUGAAAUGUGAGAGUGAAUGGAAUGCGAUCAGUAUUUUCCUUCUGUACCGUUUGUUAUGCUGAAUGUAGAUCAAUGUGUUGGGCGCGGUGGUGGCCCGCUUGAACGACAGGAUAGCCACGACAUGUUUCGACAGUUCUUCUGUUAUCUUCAGUUCUGGUUUGUACAAAGUACAAGGAGCAAGGGGGAGGAGCCCAUAGCUACACCAUCUAUCUGGACGUAAAAAGACCCUUUAAAUAAGAGAUGAAUCUGAGCUGCGGCUACAGAGAAAAGGCUUUUAAGCAGUAUCUAUCCCACAGGCUCACAAAUCCCAACACAGCUAACUUAUUUAUGGGACAUAAUGAAAAGUUAUGGUUGGAAAAUUGGUAGGGCUCAGAGGUAUUAUUUUACCGCCGUUAUGUUGACGAUACAUUUUGUUUAUUUCAUUCGAAAAAUGACGCACUAUUAUUUUUCAAUUACAUAAACUCCGAUCCAAGCAUCCCAACAUUAAGUUCACUAGGGAAAAAGAAAUAGACCGUAACAUACCAUUCCUAGAUGUUUUAAACAGCAAUAACACCCAUUUUCCAGUCACAAGUGUUUACCUUCGCGGGCCUGUUGACUAACUAUUUUAGCUUUAUAUCUUAUUCUUCUAAAUUGGGUCUCAUUCGCACUCUUGUUGAUAGAGCCUACAAGAUCAACAUCACAUGGUUGGGUUUCCGCGAAGACAUCAAGACACUUGCCAAAAAGAAUCUUUUUCCAUCCCAUUGAGUUGAAAGGGUUGUCAAUCGGUACCUCACGCUGACCCGUAAUGAAUACAAUCCGCCCUUCCGUUUCAAACACUGCGCCGACCUUAUAUUUCAAAUUACAUUACAUUGGCCCUUUUCCUGUUGUCACGCAAAAAGGGUUCGCCACUUUGCUAAGUGCUAUUGUAAUAACAUAGAUAUUUUAGUAUCUAUUAAUAUAUUUAUUAAUAUCUAUUUUAAUAUCUACUUAAAAGUUUGUUUUUUCAUCAUUUAAAAUUGGUAAUAUGUUUGGUGUGAAAGACCCUAUCCGUUGUGGGGUCCGUGCGUGUGUCAGUUUACAAGUUUUUAUGUGCGGGCUGUACUGCCUGCCAAUGUCGGCGAAACCUCUCAGCAUUUAUCCACACGUGUGUGUGCGUAAGCACUUGGUAAGUGAUAGGUACUCUCACAUUUUCAGACAUUUAAAAAAUUCUCAAGAACGCCGCACUCUAUGUUCGGAUGAAUAUUUUAACAUCUUAGAUCACAGUUCCACGGCUCUCCAACAGGGGAAACUGGUUCCUUUUGCAUAAAGUUAGUUUCUACUGAUCUUUUUUCUUAUUUCAUCCUUAGCGCAUUCAAAGCUAUUUUCAUGAACUUAAUGAGAGCCCUGAAUCGUUUGUCACCAUAACGCCUUUAUUUGCAACACUCCUGCAGGAAAUUGCCAAAUUCGGACAUCCGCUGGAAAUCAACCAGAAGCUGCUCUUUCACUUCGAGAUGCAUUUCAGGAGAGCGACGGGAAGUUGGUUCCUUUUUCACAAGGUAACUUGGUUUUGUUCCUUUACCGAUUUGGUUGUUUAAUUUUAAGUUUGGUACAACGUGCAUUACCCCGUUGCUGAUCAUUCAUAGUGUUCCCUCCAUUUCUGUAUCAGGUUGCCCAUUUUUCCCCAAGUUCAUUAACUUUUUUGGUCGUGGACAGGAUAAUGUUAGAUUUUUUUGUGGCUCAUUUGUCUAUCGUUGUCGUUGUUUUUCGAUAUUUUAGGGAAUGGAUACAAAUCUCUCGUUUUGCCUCACAAAGUUAGCGAAUCUCUCCAGUUAACAUCGGACGCCCCAAAAGAGGUUGUAGGUAAAUUGCUUCACAAUCUACAACUUGAUGAUGCCUUACUGGAAGAUCCAAAUCCUAAAACUGAGGAAUGGAUCCGUUGCCUCACGAGGGAUGCCAAAGAUCAUGGCAGGACUGAUGUUGUUAAGUAUUUAAGAGGAAUUAUGCCGGCAGGGACAGCAGGUAGGCAAGCUGAGACGGUAAUUAAGUGGUUCUAAACGGCGUUUUCAUACGGAAUUAGAACACAUAAGAAAGCCGGGAAAAGUUGUUCAUUUGCUAUUGUGCAUGUGAAAUAACUUCGCCACUUGAAAUUUGAAGGUUAUAAUCUCUUGUAAACGGUUAAAAAUUUGUCCAUUUCUACACCUUACAGCUGAUUCAUUUUACUGUUCAACGGCUCACGUUUAACUCCACUUAGACCCUCUAAGUUUAGUUUCAGACCACUAGCCAGCGGUCUACCUUUCAAAUGUACUUUACAUAAAUACUGCUGUUCUUUAUUCCAGGUCCAAUGCUGCCCGACACACUCCUUGUCCAAAAUAUUCCAAAGACUCAGCUAAAAGAGCUGACAGUUACUCUCAGCGGUGAGGCUUUGUAGCAAAGAAUAAAGACAUUUUUACAUAAUAAGGCUGGAUGAGUGUUUCAAAUUAUAAGCGUUUAAAUAAAACUCCUUUUCCUUCCUUCCUUCCUUCGUUUCCUUCUCUCCUCUACUGACUUAUUUACCUCACUCGCUCACUCACUCACACAUUUACACUCUCCUCAACAUUAUCUUCAUAUUCCCGGAAAUAAUUCCUAUACUCUUCCUCCUUCUGUGGAUGGAAGAUAUCCUCCUCACUGAGGAGCCUGUGAGCAACGUCUUUAUAUUGGAUCUAGUGGACCUAUCCUUCACUCAAAUGAUUUUUUUCAUAUUAGUAACAAUUAAGAUGGUUUCGUAAAAACUGAAAAAGGAAGAAAAGGAAAAGUCAUAAAAAGGACAGGGCAGGACGGGAGAGGGGUGAGAGAUAGAGCACAGAAAAACGAAAAGCCGCACUCGCCUUUGUGUUGCUUUUUUUAAUGACUAAUCUGUCUUAUGCGAAAAAAAAUGCCUAACGAAAACAAAAUGUUCCGUAAUGUUCUCGCAUCGGAAACAUCAGCCAGGUGUUUUAAAAUAUUGAGCAGAAAUUUGCAAGGGAAAAGGUCGAGGGCAGAUAGCAAUAUGUUUUGAAAAUACUUCGAUGCUUAUUUUUGUAGGUCGAGACGAUUGGGAGCUAUUUGCUGAGAAACUGGGACUGACCCCUGCGGAGAUACGUUUUUUGGACAAGCGCACAAUGAACCAAGUGUUGGAAGUUUUGAUUGUCGCUGCAAAAAGAUAUCUCAUAACUGUUGGAGAUCUUUAUGACGUUUUGAAAGACUGUGGGCUGCCUAUCAUUGCCGACAUUCUUUGAAACCGGUAGUUGUCUUCCACUUUGACGGAAGCAACUGACUCAACCAUCAAGUAUUUGAACGGAUUGCAAAUUUUACUCCGUUAAAUGCCGCCCUCGAUUAGAAGCCGCUAAUUUAGGAGAAGAACUCAAAACAGAGGGGAUCGUUAUAGAGAAACACCUUAAACAAGCUUGGAGUCCUUUGAUUGCUCUGACAAAAUCGCACAAAAACCUGAAGCGAUUUUAGAGACAUUCAGCUUGUUACGUCCGGUACAAUAAGCGCAUGAAAUGUGCAACAAGCGUACUUGGUACCAUUUAUUCUGCAAACGAAUUCGUCUGAACACAUUAGAUAUCUCGCUGAAUCUACACAAAGUACCUCUUUUCGGGUCUCUUCAGGUUCAAUUCCAAGACUUGCAUUAACGGUAUAGAUGACAAUUUCCUAGUUUAGCACCGUCUAAAUUUUAAUAAUUGACUCAUCAGGUUUUAUAUUUUCCCGUAUAAAGGCCUCCUUAUGUUUCUCCACUGCCGCUCUUCUGUGAUUGAGAUUAUUAUACCGAAAGGAAACGGAUAUCGAUACGGAUAACAUGGCCUAAAUCUAAGCUUUUUACAGCUAGCGAACCUUGACGAUAGACUACGUGUGGAGUAAGUUAUUCUGGGUGAAAUCUAUUAGAUGUGAAAUGUUUCUUAUGUCCAUUCUGUUCUCAUGGACGCGUGUUCAGCUUCUUCACACAACAUUAAAAAGGAAAUUGUAGCAUGAGGAAUUCCUCCACUUCAUUUCAGAGUCAGAUUUACGAAACAAAGGCACAAGUUGUAUUUAAUUUCUAUGUUUGUUAGGUUUUCGUUUUUUUGUUGUUGUUUUGGUUUAUUUAGGGCUGGAAGAAUUACAAUAUAAUUUUUUGACAAUAGACAAAAUAUGUUUGUCUCGAGGGCUCAGUUCUAUUUUGUAAUUUGUCAUAUUUUAAGACUCAUUUCUAUUCAUGUAAUCAUUAUUUAUUUUUUUACAAACUAUCAAAUGUUCUUGACGGACACAUUUUCAUCAAAUCGUCAGCAGUCAUAUUUUUUAGUAGGGAGACUUGCGACUUCAACUCAGUUCAGUCUACAACAAAUACAAAUUAGUAAUAUGCAGACAAGAAUUUCAAAACCUCCUUUGAAAUAAGAAAAAAAUAGCUACUGUAAAACCUAGAUAGUGAGGGAGUUGGGGUCAUCUAAAUAGCAAAGGCUAAUUCAUAAUUGAACGAAUUAAACUAAUGAAAUGUCAC